GGGGAUACGGCCCCUCCCGCAAGGGAAGGUUCGGGGGAGGAGAUGGGGUUAGGGAACAGGGGGAUGGGCUCAGAGCUGGUAGUUGGGACAGGUCCUUCCUGGGUGAAUGCCCCCAAGCCCUCCAGCCAUCUUGAGGGUUCCCGGGUUUCCUCCCCCGCUGUAGGGGUCCUCGUUAGCCCGGGCAGGGGCGGGGCGGGGCGGGGCCUCCCUCUCCCCCCCACCCCGGGGAGGGGUCUCCCCGCCCCUUCGGAUUCAGCCAAGCGGAGAUGAAACCUGAACCCAGGUUGGGGGCGGGGCUGGCUCCCGCUCCGACCGGGCUGGCCUGCUCCUUCAUCUCCCCUUUCCCUGCACCCCAGCCGUCUUCUGAGAGAGUAAGGUCGGGAUCCCCAAGCCGCUGGAGCAGGGCCCGCGAUGGAGCCCACAGCCCGGGGUCGCGCCCCGCCGUGAGCACCUGCUGCCCACAGCCAUGCUGCCCCGAGGGCGCCCCCGGGCGCUGGGGGCCGCAGCGCUGCUGCUGCUGCUGCUGCUUCUGAUCGGUUUCCUCCUGUUCCGUGGGGACCUGGACUACGAGCGGCCGCGGCCGCGGGGGACUGCUGCUUUCGACGGAGACCCGCCGGCAGACCCCGGGGGCCGCAACGGCUCGGAUUGCACCCCGCCGCGGCCGCGGCCGCCCAAGUGCGAGCUCUUGCAGGUGGCUAUCGUGUGUGCGGGUCAUAACUCCAGCAGAGACGUCAUCACCCUGGUGAAGUCCAUGCUUUUCUACAGGAAAAAUCCACUGCACCUCCACUUGGUGACUGACGCCGUGGCCAGGAACAUCCUGGAGACGCUCUUUCACACAUGGAUGGUGCCUGCUGUCCGGAUCAGCUUCUACAACGCUGAUGAGCUCAAGCCCCAGGUCUCCUGGAUACCCAACAAGCACUACUCUGGCCUCUAUGGGCUAAUGAAGCUAGUGCUGCCCAGCGCCCUGCCCCCUGACCUGGCCCGUGUCAUUGUCCUGGACACAGAUGUCACCUUUGCCUCCAACAUUGCAGAGCUCUGGGCACUCUUUGCUCACUUUUCUGACAAACAAGUGAUUGGUCUCGUGGAGAACCAGAGCGACUGGUACCUCGGCAACCUCUGGAGGAAUCACAGGCCCUGGCCUGCCUUGGGCCGGGGAUUUAACACAGGCGUGAUCCUGCUGCGGCUGGACCGGCUCCGGCAGGCUGGCUGGGAGCAGAUGUGGAAGCUGACAGCCACGCGGGAGCUUCUCACCCUGCCUGCCACCUCACUGGCUGACCAGGACAUCUUCAAUGCCAUAAUCAAGGAGCACCCGUGGCUGGUGCGGCCCCUGCCCUGCGUCUGGAACGUGCAACUGUCAGACCACACGCUGGCUGAGCGCUGCUACUCAGAGGCGUCUGACCUCAAGGUGAUCCACUGGAACUCACCAAAGAAGCUUCGCGUGAAGAACAAGCAUGUGGAAUCCUUCCGCAACCUCUACCUGACCUUCCUGGAGUACGAUGGGAACCUGCUGCGGAGAGAGCUCUUUGGGUGCCCCCGCCCGCCCCCUCCUGGGGCCGAGCAGUUGCAGCGGGCCCUGGCGCAACUGGACGAGGAGGACGCAUGCUUUGAGUUCCGGCGGCAGCAGCUCACUGUGCACCGUGUGCACAUCACCUUCCUGCCCCACAAGCCACCACCCCCCCAGCCCCACGAUGUCACCCUGGUGGCCCAGCUCUCCAUGGACCGGCUGCAGAUGCUGGAAGCCCUGUGCAGGCACUGGCCGGGCCCCAUGAGCCUGGCCUUGUACCUGACAGACGCAGAGGCCCAGCAGUUUCUGCGUUUCGUGGAGACCUCGGUGGUGCUCUCCGCCCGGCAGGAUGUGGCCUACCAUGUGGUGUACCGUGAAGGUCCCCUCUACCCCAUCAACCAGCUUCGCAACGUGGCCUUGGCCCAGGCCCUCACGCCUUACGUCUUCCUCAGUGACAUUGACUUCCUGCCUGCCUACUCCCUCUACGACUACCUCAGGGCCUCCAUCAAGCAGCUGGAGCUGGGCAGCGGGCAGAAGGCAGCUCUGGUGGUGCCCGCAUUUGAGACGCUGCACUACCGCUUCAGCUUCCCCAGUUCCAAGGCCGAACUGCUGGCCUUGCUGGACGCUGGGUCUCUCCACACCUUCAGGUACCAUGAGUGGCCCCGGGGUCACGCGCCCACAGACUAUGCCCGCUGGCGAGAGGCUCAGGCCCCAUACCACGUGCAGUGGGCAGCCGACUACGAGCCCUAUGUGGUGGUGCCACGUGACUGCCCCCGCUACGACCCCCGCUUUGUGGGCUUCGGCUGGAACAAGGUGGCCCACGUCGUGGAGCUGGAUGCACAGGAAUACGAGCUGCUGGUGCUGCCCGAGGCCUUCAUCAUCCACCUGCCGCACGCCCCAAGCCUGGACAUCUCCCGCUUCCGCUCCAGCCCCACCUAUCGUGACUGCCUCCAGGCCCUCAAGGACGAGUUCCACCAGGAUCUGUCCCGCCACUAUGGGGCUGCUGCCCUCAAAUACCUCACUGCCCUGCAGCAGCCCCGAGGCCCCGCCUGACCUCACACCUGCCCCCGGCACACUGCCUGCAGACACUGGAGCAACCUUGCUGCCGCCCCACCCUCCCUGCUAUUUAAAUUAUUUAUGGUCUCAGUGG